AUGGCUGACGGGGAUGCUGGUGAGGGCACCCUAUCCUCAAAUAAUCCCGAUAGUAACAGUGAGCAGACCCCCGACCAGGGGAGCAUAUUAGAACCUGAUAGUGAUGUUCUUUUGCCCGACACACUCUCAGUCAGGGACAAAGACGAAACUUCAUCUUACAGGGCUGCUGGCUGUAUUAAAUACCUGAAAAGUCCAGCUUUCAUGAUCUACUGCUGUCAGGUUCUAUCUUCCUGGGGAUACCGUAUGUGGAGGUUUGCCAUAGGACUAUACUUAGUAGAAAUCGCUAUGGAUUCCUUGAGAUUAACAGCCAUCUAUGGAUUAAUACUAUGCAUAUCAUCAUUAAUGUUUUCCCCUCUUGUUGGUGAUUGGGUGGACAGAACAAAACGGAUAAGAGCUAUCAGAAUUGCCAUUUUUCUUCAAAACUGUUGCCUUGUAUUGUGUUCCUUACUACUGGCAAUGAUACUGGUGCUGGAAGGUAAUAUCAAACUCAUAUGGAAUGGCGUUCUCUUCAUUAUGGUGGAGAUUAUGAUUAUAGUUCUUGGUGACUGCGCUAACCUUGCAGGUGAAGCUGAGAGGAUAUCGAUUCAAAAAGAUUGGGUUGUUGUGGUUGCUGGUACUAAUAAAUCUAAAUUAGCAAAUUUAAAUGCCGUGUUGCUUCGAAUUGACCUUGUGAUUAACAUUGUAGCACCUAUAGCUAUCGGCUCUAUAAUGACGUACGGCUCUAUGCUGAUUGGUGCACUCGUGAUAGCAGCAUGGAACCUUAUUGCUGGGUGCGUAGAAUAUUAUCUAAUGUCUACAGUCUAUAAAGCAGUGCCAGCACUUCGUAUUAAGAAACCAACAGCUAUGAAUGAAGAGGCCGUUCAUGCUGAUGAAAAAGUAAAUAUUAAUCAGAACACAAGUACCACACCUGGAGAUAUGAUGUUCUCCGUUGGCUCAGAUAGUGAACCCAGUGAUGCCGAAAUCAACGUUUCUCGUGAAGAUCUCAGUAACCAGCCUACUCAAGGAAAUAUACAAGAGGCAAAUGUGGCACCAAUUAGGGAUACAGAACAAAUCAAACAAGAAAACUGGAAGAAAGUUCUCAAAGCGUUUGGACUGUGUAUCACACUAGGUGAAGGGUGGAAGACUUACAUGAGUUACGCCGUGUGGUCAGCAGGAGUUGGGUUAGCAUUUCUUUACAUGACUGUGCUGGGAUUUGAUUCUAUUUCCACGGGUUACGCCUACUCACAGGGACUAGCUGAGUGGUUGAUAGGUGUACUUAUGGGCCUAGGCUCUGUAUUUGGUCUGUUGGGCACAGCAUUAUUCCCAAGGUUGCGUGAAAAAAUUGGUCUGCAACGAACUGGAUUAUGGGCGCUGAUCAUGGAAAUUUCAUGUCUGUCGCUCUGUGUCAUUUCUGUAUGGGCUCCUGGCAGUCCUUUUGACUUGCAUCCCCAAAAUGGCGAGGAUUUUAUUGCCAACGUCAGUACCACAGUGCCAACUACAUUGUUAGCUUCCAAUACAAGUGAACUGAUAGAUAUAACACAAGAUAUCCGUGAUAAACCUGAUUCCUAUGCAUCAGUAGCUCUGCUGUUUACUGGAAUGGUGUUAUCUAGAACAGGACUAUGGUUGUUUGACUUGACGGUAACGCAACUAAUCCAAGAGAGUGUGUUGGAGACGCAGCGGGGUAUUUUCAAUGGCGUUCAAAACUCCCUGAAUGGUUUCAUGGACUUAGUGCAUUUUGCUUUAGUUAUUACAUUUCCAAACCCCCACACGUAUGGUGUUUUAGUUCUCCUAUCGUUCUUAUUUGUCUGCACUGGUGCUGGUUUCUUUGCAUACUACUCUUAUAAAAUACGAGGUCAUUUAUUUCACUGUGUCAAGUGUACAUCCACAAGUAACAGCUAUACUAUACAAGAAUCUGAAGCCUCAAGUGUGUAGUCAAAACGUUUUUAUCCUGGUGAACAACAGCAAUAAACUCUGAUUAUAUU